AAGAACUUGACUUGGGAGGCUUCAUACAGUACUAUUUGCCAAGAGAGCUUUAACACUAUAAUAACAGACUUAUCCGAGGAAAUAGAUAUAUGAUGAGAGAGAUGCAGCUGAAAGAAAGAAGAAAGCUACGAAGAAGAACGAUUUCAUGGGAGAGAAGAAUCGUCUUCACCUCCACCGCCUCCUCAGACACCUCAAUGCAAGAUAAUUACGCCUCUCCUCGCUGAGCCUCUGCCGUCGCAGCAGGCGCGGUGGGAUCUUCGGUCUAUGUGGGAACUUGCUUCAAUUCUUAAUUUUAUGAAUGUUUUUAGGCCUCUUUUAAACAUUAAAGUGGAAUUCUCUGCUGAUGAACUUGAAACAGCUUUGAUUAUGCCAAACAGCACUUUGGGUGCUAUACAUAUACCUUUGUUGAAGGCAAUUCCUCCUAUUACUCGAAUGGCACUUGGUCAUAAUACAUGGGUUACUGUACUAUGCAGAAAGUUGAGAGAUUGGUGGCAAUGGGUGGCAGAAGGGGACAUACCAAUUGUUGCAUCUCAUGGGGCUGAGAGUGACACGCACAGUGCUCUUGAUCCUAGCAUUAGGGUUUUGAUCUUGAAAGCCUUGUGUAUUCGUGUUGAGAUAUUCGGAACUAUAUAGAGGAUUCAAUUAAACACGGUGCUCAACUUUCAUCGUUUCGUAAGGAACGAGUUGGCGGUGAUUCGUAUGGAAUCUCCUAUUGGUAAGGUAUGAAGGCAAUGACAUUAUUGCUCAUCGGUUAUAUCGUGAAAUACGAAAAGUGGAGGUGAAGAAAGGGAAAGGAAAGAAAGAGUGUGCCUCCUAUAGCUAAUUCUUGUUACAGCUGGGAAACAGUUGCAACUAAUUUUGAUGAAUUUCAGGAUGUUUCUGUAAGUGAACACUGUCUGUCCUGAAAAAAAAAACAUUCCUAGUUAAACUAAUUAAAGAGAAAAUGAUGAUCAACCAACAUCAGUGUUCAUGAUUCUUUUGUUUUCUUGUAUAUAACUGUCUAGGGUUAACACGUGAAAGUAUAGAGAGAUUUCCAAAUACAGUGUGCGCUGUAUAUUAAUUUUUUAUCCUUUUGUUAAUUUCCUGAAAUGUAUAGAUUAUGGGUUUUUGUUCUUGUUCUCUUAUGCGUUUUGUACAUUUGUUUAUAGGAUAAACUUUUUGUAAGUAAAAACAGAACAGAAGCAUCCCUUGGAAAGAAACUGA